AUGCUUUCACAAUUGUUCUUCAUACCUACACGUAAAAAGGACAUUCUUCUGCGUAUAGCAAUUCUCGCAGCCAUCUACGUCUUGGCUUUCUGUGUGAGGCUUUUUUCAGUAUUUAGAUAUGAAAGUGUUAUUCACGAAUUUGAUCCAUACUUUAACUUUCGUUCAGCUAAAUAUUUAGUAGAAAAUGGAUGGUAUGAUUUCUACAAUUGGUUUGAUGAUUUCUCAUGGUACCCAAUUGGACGUGUGGUCGGAGGUACAGUAUAUCCAGGUAUUCAAAUCACUGCUGCUUUUAUGUAUUGGAUUUUAAGAGCCAUCAAUUUUACAGUAGACUUGAGAAAUGUUUGUGUUUUGACUUCUCCAUUCUUUGCUUCCAACACUGCUAUGAUUACUUAUGCUUUUACUAACGAAAUUUCCGGACCAAGUGCUGCUUUGGUAUCAUCAAUUUUAGUUGCUCUUGUUCCUGGUUAUAUUUCUCGUUCUGUUGCUGGUUCUUUUGAUAACGAAGGUGUUGCCAUCUUUGCUUUGAUUUGUACCUUCUACCUCUUUGUUAAGAGUGUUAGAACCGGAUCACUUUUCUGGAGUGCUGUAGCUUGUUUGUCAUACUUUUACAUGGUCAACGCUUGGGGUGGUUAUGUUUUCAUUAUUAACUUGAUUCCUGUCUAUGUUUUAGUUUUAUUAGUUACAGGAAGAUUCUCCCAUCGUUUAUAUGUUGCUUAUAGUUCCUUCUAUAUUUUAGGUACAUUGUUAUCAAUGCAAGUUAGAUUUGUUAAUUUCCAAGCUGUUCAAACAAGUGAACAUUUGGGUGCUAUGGGUGUUUUCAUCUUACUUCAACUUGUUAACUUUGUUAAUUGGAUUAGAUCACUUCUUGAUGCUAAAAUGUUCCAAAGAUUAUUCGGAUUUGUUGUUUCUUCCUUUGUUUUAACUGCUGGUUUGGCAAUCUUGAUUGGAAGUGCUACUGGUUAUAUUGCUCCAUGGACUGGUAGAUUCUAUGCUAUGCUUGACCCAACUUAUGCCAAGAAACAUAUUCCAAUUAUUGCUUCUGUUUCUGAACAUCAACCUACAACUUGGGCAAGUUUCUUCUUUGAUUUACACAUUUUGGCUUUAUUGUUCCCUGUUGGUUUGUACUUCUGUUUCCGUGAAUUGACUGAAGCUUCCAUCUUUAUCAUUAUGUAUGGUAUGUUCAGUGUUUACUUUGCAGGUGUCAUGGUUCGUUUGAUCCUUGUCCUUGCUCCUGCUGCUUGUGUUCUUUCUGGUAUUGGUAUUUCCAAGACUUUGAAGACUUACAUGAGAGCUCUCAAAGCAAAGACUCCAAAACAAGAAACAACAACAACUGCUUCUCAAGAUCCAAAGAAGAAGUCAUCAACUCCAGAAAAGCCAUCUCAAAAUCCACUUCCAAAGGAAAUUGCUGCUAUUAUGGUUAUUGCUAUGACUUUCCUUUUGACUUUCUAUGUUAUUCACUGUGUUUGGGUUACUUCUGAAGCUUAUUCUUCACCAUCUAUUGUUUUGGCUGCUCGUGGUCACAAUGGUAGAAGAAUUAUUUUCGAUGACUUUAGAGAAGCUUAUUAUUGGUUGAGUGAAAAUACUAAACCAGAUGCUAAGGUCAUGUCUUGGUGGGAUUAUGGUUAUCAAUUAACUGCUAUGGCUAACAGAACUGUUUUGGUUGAUAACAAUACUUGGAACAAUACUCACAUUGCUACUGUCGGUAGAGCUAUGGCUUCUAAUGAAGCUAAGGCUUACAAGAUUAUGAGAGGACUUGAUGUUGAUUACGUUUUGGUUAUUUUCGGUGGUGUUACUGGAUAUGCCUCUGAUGAUAUCAACAAAUUCUUGUGGAUGGUUCGUAUUGGUGGAAGUUGUUACUCUGAAAUUAAGGAAGCUGAUUAUUUGUCUCCAAGAGGUGAAUACAGAAUUGAUGCUGGUGGUUCUCAAACCAUGUUGAACUCAUUGAUGUACAAAUUGAGUUAUUACAAGUUUGGUGAAAUGACCACAGAAUAUCAAAGACCACCUGGAUUUGAUAGAGUUCGUCAAGUUGAAAUUGGUAACAAGCAGUUUGAAUUGGAACAUAUGGAAGAAGCUUUCACUUCUGAACAUUACAUUGUUAGAAUCUUCAAGGUUAAGAAGGAAUCUAACAGAUCAUAAAUUGUAAUCUUUAAAACUCUUGAUAUUUAUAUUAGUGAAAUAACAUUAAUAAACAAAAAGUAU